GUAUGAAUCCGCAACUGCCUCUGCUCUUGUUGCAUAACUGCCCCGGCGCACGAAAUACCGGUAUCGCCUUCCCUCGACGACGGCCCUGGGUGAUUAGACCAAGAAAGGCGUGAGAUCAGCGUCGCUUCUACUUCUAGUAGUUUUAAAAGCACCACUCCCUUCCGCCCCUCCCUGCUAUGUAGUCAUAGCUAGCCAGCGUACUCCGAAAGGAACGUCUGGGAGUUUGCCAUCAUAUCUCGUCCAUGGGAUACUUCUACGGGAUACUUCAAGUUAGACUCGGCCGGAAUCCUAGUAUAUGCCCCUCCCGCUCGGGCUUGCUUCGGAGCCUGAGAUCACUGGCAACAACGCCGCCUGCUGAAGGUCAAAUCCGGCGGACAGUUAGCCCGCCGGCGGCGGCUCAGCUGCGAGCGGAUUCAAGUUGAGCCCGAGCUUCCAACCGGUUGCUCACCCGGGCCGGUGACCUGGCCCGGGGCUUUUUUUUUCACUGGCAUUGGCAAGCCUGAGUUCAAUUUGCCAGUUGGUACAAGCUGUCGAGCCCCAAGCGGUUACUAGAUUUGCCAGUGCCUGUGAACCACGCCUCUGGUCCGAGUCCUAUCCUAUUGACCUACCGUGACGCAACCGAGUCCACCCGGAGAAAGAUCCCGGGCCGGCCCGAGGUAACUAUCCCGGUCAGUAACCUCGAAUAACUAUACGAGCUUGUUCGGUUUUUGGGAGGCGGCCCGGGGCGCAGUGAGCUAAAAACUCCCCUAGCUAAAAACUGUGGCUACGUUACUCUCGCCUCUCAGCACGUUAUACUCAGGCCGCUAGUAGCACCGGCCGGCCGUAUUUCACUGGCACUUAGUGUCCAAGUUGGAUCAAGCCCGGCGUUAGGUAGUCGCCGUAAAAACACCGGAGUGAACGAAAGUAAGUUCACUUUAUCGGAGGUGCCGGCCCCGGGCCGGGCGUGUGACCGAUUUGAGGCUCAGACUCGGACUGAUCAUGAUCCGAGUCGGCCCCGGGCCGGGCGGAUCAUGAUCAUGAUCAUGCCAGUGAUCAUACCACAGACCGAUACCGCAGACCGAUCGCGCAGACCGGCCCGAGCGUACCACCACAUUGGCUCCGGACCCCCCCCCCCGGGGAGGUCUAGAUCGCACCCUUAGCAUAAGCACAUCAGCACCACGUUAGUUUAGGUUGGAUAGAUACCAUGGUACAAUAUCAUAAUACCGCGGUAAUAUGAUGAGAGAAAGCGUGGUAUACUUAUUCACUGGGCGGUAUUCCGGCCAAAACAUGUGGUAAGCUUGCUUUCCCUUUCUUAGGGAGGAAUCGUCGCAUGGGCGGAGGUCUGAGCCUGAACCCAAAGCCGGCGCCCGACGAUGGGUACAAUGUCUCCGUCGACGAACACGCCUUGCCGUGGACUUUUCAGGGUGAAACAGAUGCCGACACAGUCAUUAUGUCUCGACGAGUAGGAUCGAUGGGCCUAAGUGGUGACAAAAAAGGCCCAUCACGGCGAGGAGUUGGUGGGACGAAGUGGAAUAAGGCGAAGCACACAGUCAAAAGCACGCAUGCGUUCGGGCAGGCGGGAAGCGCUCUCGCGACGCGUAGAGCCGAGGCCCGUGCUGAUGGCACGAAUGGCUGGAUCGCCACUCACUGUGUCCUUGGACCACGGUCGCAUAGAGGCAUUGAAAAGUUCGAACUCGUGCGCGUUAUUGGCCGCGGCGUGAUGGGUGAGGUCUCGCUCGCACGAUUCAGGAAGGACGGGAAGUACAUGGCGAUCAAGGCAAUCUCGAAGGGCUACGUGGUCAAGCACGAUGACGAAAGGCAUGUGCAGAACGAGCGCCUGAUCUUAGGUCAAUUGCGCCACCCAUUUGUCGUGGGUCUCUUUGGUACGCUCCAGGACAAGCAAAAGAUUUACUUCGUCCUGGAGUACGUGGCUGGCGGCGAGCUUUUCUCAAAACUGCGAGGUAACAGGUGCCUGAGUGCAGCCGUGGCCAAGUUCUACCUCGUCGAGAUACUCGCAGCACUAGCACAUGUACACGCGGGCGGAUUUGUGUACCGAGACCUCAAGCCAGAAAAUGUACUGUUGGAUACCGAGGGUCAUUGCCGCCUCGUUGACUUCGGUUUUGCAUGUGCGCCGCCCGAUGGGCCAGAGGGGCGAAUGCGAACAAACUGCGGGACACCUGCAUAUCUAUCACCGGAGCAACUAUCGCGAAAAAAGACGGGCGGUUACACACGCAUUGUCGACUGGUGGGCGUUUGGCUGCGUUGCGUACGAGCUCAUGUCGGGGCAUACGCCUUUUUGUCUUGGCCACCGUAUGGAUAAUCUACUACCUAUAUUGAUAAAUGGCUCUGCUCCCUCGCAGGCAAAGAUCACAAGACAGAUUCGCAUCAUGCGAUAUAUCUACGGGUCAUCCAAGGACGCAUCUCAUUCCCGUCUUUCAUGGGACCCACGCCGCGCGCCCUAGUCCGUUCUCUGCUGAAAGCUGAUCUUCCAAAACGACUCACUGAUGCGGCGAGUAUCCAGGCCGCAGAAUUUUUUCAGGAUGUCGACUUUGUCGGAACCGGUGCCUUGCAUACAUACAUAGGUGGCAGCCAACCAUCCCCCUUUGCGUGUUCACAUAGGUGGCAGUCAAUCAAAAACGCAUCCGGCCUCCACAGAAGCCGCUCAUCCUCCCAAUUGGGGAUGCAUCUCGCUUCGAUGAGUACCAUCCCCGGGAAUGUCUUGAGGACGAAUUUGACUCCGCAAAAAAAGUUUUUGCCGGAUUUUGAUUUAUAAUAGAGUAGAAUAGAAUUGACAAGGACCUGCUGAUUAAAUUGAGUGGAAUGGGAUCAGAACUUUAGAAUACCUAUUUUUGCCUGAGGGAAACUCAAAUCACCGGCAGAGGACAAAAGGCACACGCGCACAGCAUUUUACAACACAAUGUAGCAAAAGAGAAUCCCGAGUCAAGUUGAAGUCCCGCGACCCACUUCCAGGCCGCGUCUCAAUCAGUCGCGUAUUUACGGCCUGGCCCCCAGGGACAGUAUUAUGCCUCCUAAGUAAGUCUGCGAUAUGUGGUUCGGGCCGCCAGCCCUGACCGUGACUCAGAUUGCACGGGGGGGGGGAAUGUAUACUUUAUGUCCUCCCUGCCAGUGGGCCAUGAUCCUCAGGCUGACGGAUGAGCCAUAAAA